AUGGACGUGGACAUGGACGUGGACAUGGACGUGGACAUGGACGUGGACGUGGACGUGGACAUGGACGUGGACGUAGACGUGGACGUGGACAUGGACGUGGACGUGGAUGUGGAUGAGGACGUGGACGUGGACGUGGACAUGGACGUGGACGUAAACGUGGACGUGGACGUGGACAUGGACGUGGACAUGGACGUGGACAUGGACGUGGACAUGGACGUGGACGUGGACAUGGACGUGGACGUGGACGUGGACAUGGACGUGGACGUUGACAUGGACGUGGAUGUGGAAAUGGACGUGGACGUGGACAUGGACGUGGACAUGGACGUGGACGUGGACGUGGACGUGGACAUGGACGUGGACGUGGACGUGGACAUGGACGUGGACAUGGACGUGGACGUGGACGGUUGUGGACGUGGACGUGGACGUGGACGUGGUCGACUUGGACGUGGACAUGGCGUGGACAUGGACGUAGACAUGGACGUGGACGUGGACAUGGACGUGGACAUGGACGUGGACAUGGACGUGGACAUGGACAUGGACGUGGACGUGGACAUGGACGUGGACAUGGACAUGGACGUAGACGUGGACGUGGACAUGGACGUGGACGUGGAUGUGGAUGUGGACGUGGACGUGGACAUGGACGUGGACGUAAACGUGGACGUGGACGUGGACGUGGACAUGGACGUGGACAUGGACGUGGACAUGGACGUGGACAUGGACGUGGACGUGGACGUGAACGUGGACGUGGACAUGGACGUGGACGUGGACAUGGACGUGGACGUGGACAUGGACGUGGACGUGGACGUGGACAUGGACGUGGACAUGGACGUGGACAUGGACGUGGACAUGGACGUGGACAUGGACGUGGACGUGGACAUGGACGUGGACAUGGACGUGGACAUGAACGUGGACAUGGACGUGGACAUGGACGUGGACAUGGACGUGAACAUGGACGUGGACAUGGACUGA